UUUUAGAAUUUAUAUGUUGCUAAAUUUUUUUAUAAAUUUAAUCAAACUUAAAAAUGUUUAAUUAGGAAAAAGUCAAAGUGACUUGUAAUAUGAAAAACGACUUAUAUAGCACGAAACAGGAAGAACAUACAGCGCAUUGUUGCUUACAAUGAAGCACACAGUUACACUAUCCUGAGCCCACAUAUAUAUAUCCGCCUUCACUUUAUGUACAUAUAUGGAGUACCUACAGACUACAGUUAUCAAACCAAUUGCUUUUGCACCUAUAGAGUCAGAGAUCAGGAUGAGUAGCAAAUUUCUCGCCAUGUAUCUCCUGCUUGCUCUCCUCAGCCAUGGCACCUACAGCUACAGUGCCACCACAGCUUCAGGCUGGGAAGACCAAGACUUCUUCAGGCAUUGCCCAGUGUCCCGGUGCAGCGACGGUGGACCAGAGAUCCGGUUCCCUCACGGCCUGCAAUCCAGCAACACAUCAUCAGCAUGCGGCGCUUCAUGCGCCAAGCUAGCAUGCUCCGGCCAAGACACCAUCCUACAUCACCCAUUUCUGGGGCCUUGCAAGGUCACCUCCAUAGAUUACAAGGAGGCCAUCAUGAGCAUCAUCCCGCUUGUGUACUCCUCGUCUCCAUGCCCGCUUCAGAAGCUCAUCUUUGACAAUCUACAGCCUUACGACUACCAUAGAUGUAAAUUAUACAGCUGGGCUCCUGCAAAAAUAGUACGCUGUUCAAAAGAGUUCACACCAAAUGGUACUUCUCCAGUCGAUGGCUACGCUUUCAUGAACAACGCCGAUUAUAUCACCGGCCCAAUCUCCUGCCCCAGUGAGGCAAGUCACUUCUCAUAUUUGGUGGAUGCUCGGCUAUGCAUGUAUGUGCUUCCCUUGGACUGCAGGAUCGUCUCCAGAGGCUCCAUUCCAAUACCCGGUCCAGCCUACUCUGAUAUCGGUGGCCCAACAUUCAAGGAAAGAGCAGAAAAAUUCAUCAACUUUGCUGAGACGACUGUCAGUUGGUAUUCUGAUGACGAAGUUACCAUUAACUGCACAGAGUGCGAACGUCAAAAGCACCGCUGCGCAUUCAGCUCACAAAGGAAUCGAACAUUCUGCAUGAGCCGCGAGCAUCACGGUUCGAGUGUCAAAGUCAUUUCAGCUACAUCAUCGGCAGCUGCAUUUGUUGUUCUUUCAUUGAUCAUAGCCACUGUGCUCUAUAUUUCGCUGAAGUCAAGGUAUGACGAGGAGGUACAUUUGAAGGUUGAAAUGUUCCUCAGGACAUACGGCACAUCGAAACCCACAAGGUACAAUUUCUCUGAUGUUAAGAAGAUAGCAAGACGCUUCAAGGAACAAUUAGGUCAGGGUGGAUUUGGAAGUGUCUACAAAGGAGAACUACCAAACGGAGUGCCCGUGGCAGUUAAAAUGAUAGAACACACUACAGGAAAUGGAGAAGAAUUCAUCAAUGAAGUAGCAACCAUUGGACAAAUUCAUCAUAUAAACAUUGUCCGCCUUCUGGGCUUCUGCUCUGAUGGAACAAGACACAUUCUUAUCUACGAAUUCAUGCCUAAUGAAUCAUUGGAGAAAUAUAUAUUCUUGCAUGACCCAAAUACUUCUCAAGAACUCCUAGCAGCAAACAAGAUGUUAGAUAUUGCCUUAGGCAUUGCCCGAGGAAUGGAGUACCUGCAUCAAGGAUGCAACCAGCGCAUCCUCCAUUUUGAUAUCAAGCCUCAUAAUAUCUUGCUGGACUAUAACUUCAAUCCGAAGAUUUCAGACUUUGGUCUUGCAAAGCUGUGUGCAAGGGACCAAAGCAUUGUUACCUUGACCAAAGCAAGAGGCACAAUGGGCUACAUUGCACCAGAGUUAUAUUCUAGGAACUUUGGGGAGAUAUCUUACAAGUCAGAUGUAUACAGUUUUGGCAUGCUCGUGUUAGAAAUGGUUAGUGGAAGGAGGAACUCAGACCCGAGUAUUCAGAACCAAAAUGAGGUCUACUUUCCAGAAUGGAUCUAUGAGAAAGUAAUUACUGGGCAGGACUUUGUACUUAGUAGGGAAAUGACUGAAGAAGAUAGACUGAAGGUUAGACAGAUGGCCCUAGUGGCAUUGUGGUGCAUUCAGUGGAACCCAAGAAACCGUCCCUCGAUGACGAAGGUUGUAAACAUGCUAACUGGAAGGUUGCAGAAUAUAGAGGUGCCCCCUAAGCCAUUUGUUUCAUAUGAAAGCCAUGCUGUGCCAUAAAUCAUAGUAAUGUUAUGGGAGUUAUACACUUAUACUUAGUUGACGUGUUGCAUAGUAAUGUCUAGAAAUUGCAUAAUAUGCACCUUGACUGCACAUUGAUAACUGUAUGAAUUAUGAAUCGUGGCUCUUUACCAUGUAAUGUAAUACAAGUAAUAAGAAACACAUCAGUUGAUGUGAU